AUGAAAGAUUUUGAGAAAGAAAUAAACCAAUUGGCUUUUGCUGUUGAUGACGCUUCUUUUCAUCUUGGGAGAAAUUAUAAUGCUUUCAUUUUUUUGAGAGAUGCCGAAAACAUUGCAUCAUCUAUUGAAUUAACAAUUACAUUAGAGAAUGAACACAUUCAAAUCUAUGAAGCUCCAAUAUUUAAACGGGUUCUCGAUAUUGACAACGCGGAGUGCGAGCCAUAUUUUUUUUCAGCUGUUUCUACGUUAGCAAACGCUUUAGUUUACGACGCAAAAUAUGGUAUCAAAAAUCUGUUUUCAAACUCUUCGUCGUAUUUAAAUGAAGAUAAAAGUGAUUUUUGUAAAACAAUUGGCUCGAAGUUUAGCUUGGUAACGCCCUGGACAUCAAUGAUUGCUGAUUAUGAAACCUAUACCAAUGAAACGAAAUACUCUAUGGAAAUAUCAAUAAUUAAGGAAAGUAAACGACUUGGACGUUCACCGCCGUUUUUGGAUGAAAUUUUGCUUCACGACUAUCUAAAAAAUCGUAAAGUUUUACAGCCAGUUAAAAGAAUUGAUCCUGAAGAUGUGGAUUUGAACAAGAAACUUUCUUCCUUAGCUCUGGGCAAAUCUACACAACAUAAAACGCCUAAAUUUUUAACACCAGCUUUUACGUUACCUGAAUCAACUUUACCAAAACCUUCGGUGCUUGAAUCUUUGGCGCUAAUCUCAACCUCAAAUUUCACAGUACCGGGACCUGCGGUACCAAAACCAGUUACAAAAAACCCAGUAGCAGGAACACCAAUGGAACCCAAUCUAGUUAAAAACACAAGUUCCUUUUCUUUUCUAUUUGGUUCACCCGGCUUUACAUUUAAACCACCUCACCCAGGGAUUUUAAAUGGGAAUAAAGCAGCCAGUACACUAAACAUUACUUCUUCUGAAGAUCAAAUAGUAUCAGUUAAAAUGCGUAAACACAAUAACAGUUCAAGGAUUGCAUCAAGUCUAAAUGGAUCUGUUGGAAACCCCGAAAGCAUUAUGUCAUUAUCAUUAUUCCAUGAAACCUCAUUAGAAAAGUCUUUUCGUGAAUUAGGUAUCAUGACGCAGUGUUCUAGAGGUGAUGGCACGUUUGAGCUAAGUCCAAAGCUUUAUUGCCUGAUUUCACCAUGGCAAGGGCAUUCACAUUUAAAUACUUUGCAUCGAGCUUCUCAGCCCGACGCCCAGCCCUUUGUAUCUCUGUCUUUAGUUGUACUUUUAGACACCAUGGAGAGCCGUCGUGGUCUUACUAGAGGAUCUUUGGGUAGUUCUUUAACUUCAUUACGGUUUUUGAUUAUGGGGUACUUGAUAGAUUUUUAUCAACGAAAUACAAAGCUAUUUGUAUUGGACUAUGAAGAGUUUCAACGAUAUGCUCCUGAAAAUUAG